AUGGUGAACGAAAAGCUUAUUCUAUUUGGUGUCAAUUCCUUGAUCAGUGCACCGCUUGAACCAAUUAAAUCCAUUCAAGAUCUUCGUAAUGCGGAGCACUUCUUGAAUGUGAUCAGUCAAAUCGAAGCACAAAAAUUUGCAGAAUCACGUGUUGAGAUUCCAUCAGCUGAUGAAACUGUUCACGAUAAAUUCAAAUUCAUCCUUGACUAUCUCUCGAAACAAUCAACAUCGCCUAUCACGGAAUGGAAUAUCAGCGACUUAACACGAGGCAAUGAUACUCUGCUUUCCAAAACAGCGUUAUUGGUUGUAUUUGCUGCACAUGCUGAUACGUACUUCUAUUCCAAAUCAUUGGAAAUGGAUGAAGCUCAACAUGAACAACUAGCAGCACUUUUCGAUUUGCAUAUGAUUGAAGCUACACAAAAUAAUCCAUAUCAAUUAAAUAUUGAUGCUUGCCUUAAAGAUGAUUCGACCGGUGGACAACCUAAGCAAACGACACCGGUUAUUAGAAAACGUCGAAAUACGCAGAUUUGCAAUUUAAACGAUUCAUUGAACAAUCCUAAUCGUUCGUCAAUUCUUGAUCGAAGCUUCACUCGUUCGCCUGGUCAAUCACAUGCAGCAGCCAAUGCAGCUGCGCAACAAGCACGCGCACUUCAAGAGGAUCUUUUCAAAGUACAAUAUGAACUCGACGAUCUUCAACAUAAAUACGGGGGAUUGGAAAAAAGUUACAAUGAUCUCAAGGAAAAGAAUCGUGAAUUGUCAGAGAAAGUUCUUCGACAAGCAGAUUAUGAUACUAUCAAGGAUGAACGAAAUAAACUUCGCGAAGAUCUUCAUCGCUAUGAAAUCGAUAAUAAACGUCUCCAUGGAGUGAAAGAAAACGUAGCAGAUUUACAGCAACGCCUUCAGCAAUAUCAAAAGAAAAACGAUGAAAUGCAUGAAAAAGUCGCUACUUUGGAAAGAAAACUUCGUGAAUCCAAACAACAAUGUGAUGAGUACAGCAAGAAGAUUGUGAAUCAAAAUGCGGAUAUUCUUCUCCUCUCCUCGUCCAACGAACGCGUGAAAAUGUUAGAAGUAGAAAAUCAACAGAUGAAAAUCAUUAAAGAGCAACGCGAAAGCGAACUACUUCGACAAAUUCGUCAUUUACAAAAUGAUAAAGAAGAACUCCAACGCAAACUCGACGAGCCCAUGACUACCGUCGAAACACCAUUAAUCGUUGCUGAGAAACGAGCGUUGGAAGAAGAGUUACAUACGCUGAAAAUGUCGUUUUAUGAUCGACGCGAAGCCGAUACGGAAAUCGAAUCGUUCAAACAAACAAUCAAACAAUUAGAAGAGAAACUCGAACAACUCCGAAACGAAUGUCAAGAACUGUACAAACAAAAGCAUGAAUAUGCUGAAGAGCAAAUCUCACUUCGUAAUGAACUUCACGCUCAGUUAGGAAAUUAUGAAAAUAAAUUAAAUUCAUCAUCGAAACUCGCGGAAGAAUACAAACGAGAAAAUGCGAAGAUCACUGAUGAAUGUAAUCUUCUUCGAAGUGAAAUCAUUUCGUUGAAAAGUAAACUGCAUGGACAAAGUGGUGAACUCAAUUCUGAGAUUGUUAAGUCUUUUGAUCUUCGACAUCAACUCGGUUUACUUAACGAGCAAGUGGCGCUGAAAUCCGGUGAAAUCGUCAAUCUGCUAACAAACAUCGAUUCUUUGAAAGUCGAAAUCGAUCAUAUUAAACUUGACCGAGAUAAUGGUCAAGCGCGUCUGAAUGAUUUACAAAUGCAAUAUGACAAAUUAACGAAUACAUGUUCAAUGUAUGAAGUGAAAUUGAACGAGCAAGAAGAACGCGAGACGGAACUGAAAUUACAGGUGAAACAAACGGAAUAUACUGACGCUCAAAUGCGAGUAACGAAAGCUGAACAAGCGUUGAAAGAUAAGAUUGAAGAAGUUGAAAAUUUGAAAAAAGCCGCACGAUUGUACAAUCAAGAUAUCAAAGAACUGGAAAAAUACGGUGAAGAUCUACGCGAACAUUACGAAAAAUCCAAAGUUACGCAUAAAAAGACCGAACAAGAAUUGAGUGAAUUAAAAGCGACUCAUGCGAAAACAUUAUCGGAUUGUGAAGAAUUACAAAAACAAAUAGCAUUUUUAAAAACCCGCUGCGGCCAAUUAGAAAGUGAACGUUUACCGUUACUUGCUCAAUUGGAGUUUGCUGAUCGAAAUCUCCGACAAGUAAAAAAGCAACAGCAGCAGCAACAAGCGACAAUGAUGACGAGUACAACUGUUCAUCAUCAACCACCGCCCGUUUUACAACCUAUCGAAAAUAAUAAUAAAUCAGUCUCGCGAUUAGUUCGAUCACCGAGUCUCGACAUGCGCGUCAUGCGCCGUACAGCUGAUAAAAUGGAUGAUACUCGUUCACUGGAUCACGAUGAUUUAGCAUUACUUCUGCAUAAGAGUCAAUCGUACAAUCACUAUGCUUUAAAUGGUCGUUCGACGGAUCAUUUAACGAAAUAUGAAAUGGAGAAUGAAGAGGAACCGAUUCAUCUGGAUUUAGGUUCAAUCGAUUAUAACCGACGCAUGACAGAAUUACAACGUCGAAAUCUUAGUCAACCAAUGCAUUUACGUACAGCGUAUGCACUUGAAACGUUGGAACACGAUCCCGAAAACUUCUCGGCUAGUUUUAUACGCAAAGGUGGGAUAGCGAAUGAUGAAAAUUUAGCACGACAAAGAAUUGCUAAUGAAAAUCAGAAGGAAACAGAGACGCCAAAAGCUUCUCGUUUCAAGAAUUUAUUCAAUCGUAAAUAA